AUGGAUAUGGAAAUGGAAGAGGAAAAGCCAGGAAUGUCGGUAGAACAGAAAGCUGACGUGAAGCCGGAAGUGAAGGAGGAAAAGACGGUGGCACAAGUUAUCGACAGUUUCAAAUGGGUAUGUUAAGGUUGUUAUGGUUUAUAUUGAUGUUUAGGGUACUAUUACGGGCCAACUAAAGUACAAACAGUUGUGUCGGGCAUUGGGCCAGUUAAAAAUGUGGAAAGAGGAUAUGAGAGUCGAAUUCUUGCAUGGAUUCUUGGAUUUGGCGAGUAAAUUCGAUGCUUCUUGCUUGGACAUGGUCAGAGCUUUGUGUGUAAGUGUUUUUAAGCUACGUAUAUUGUACGGAAACUUGUACAACAUGUUUUGUUAUGUAGUGUAUGACCUUGAAUCUUUAAUUGAUUGGGUUUAUUGAAGUCAUUAACAUUAGCCUUUUUUGUUUUUCUAAAUUAACAUUCUUUUCAGGAUGUUGACUGGCUGUACAUUCCCAAAUCUCAACUUUCACCGUUCUUGGCCAUGUUAACUGAUGCUUGUAUUUUUAACCCGGUUUUUGUUGAUUCUGUUCUUAAGUCUUGUGUAAGGAAUCUGUCGCCUCCGAUCGAGUUCCAAGCUAAUGAAAAAGGUGAAGUCACAGCUAUCUGCCUUUUACAAGAUGCUGAGUUGGAGCUUCUGUACUUGAAAGCUAUGGACUGUAUUGAGAUGAUUGUUAAGAGAUUGCCGCCGUAAGUUUUAAUGUUUUUAAUACUCAUUUUAGUUUAAAUUUCUUAAUUACUGUAUUUAAACAAUAUAUUGUUUUAGAGCUGUGUUUUCGUUGAGCUCGGCAAUCUUGAAGCACAAACCUCACAGAACGGCACCUUUGGAGAAGAUGAUCGCUCACGUUAGGCUUAUUAUUGUUAUGGCUGAUAAAUAUCCUCAAAUCAGCGAAGAAUUAUUUGGAGCUUUGAUUAAUGGCCUACUUCAAAUGGAUGUAAGUUUACUAACAUUUCUUUUUUAAAACUAUAUCAGUAUCCGGUUUUAUGUCUUCUUUAAUUUGAUAAUUUAGUUAUUUUAAGUAAAUAUUGUUUUUGUCUACAAAAGCUUUAUUUAUGGCAUUUUAGGGUAUUGUAUCUCAAUAUUCUGGAGUAGAUAUUGCACGAAAUAGUGCAAGCCUUUUCUUAACCGCUGAUGUCGAAGACAAAUACGAUGAAGAAGGGUACAAAAUGAAGAUCAAGGAGAAGUUGGAUGUCUGCAUGACAAUGUUACUUUGUUACGUUGGGUUGGGAUCUGAGAAUCCAAUCGUGAAACCUAAUGACAGUAAGCUUGUUUUCUAAAAAAAGUUGCGCUGCUUACUUUGUUUUUAGGUAAGAAAUAUUUUAAAAAUCUAUUUUCAGCACCACACACAAAGUUCUUGGAGUCCUACGAGCCUCCAAAGGGAAUCUUCAACAGAUUGUUACCUAUUCUGGAGACCCAUAUUCUCUAUUGUCAUGAGAUGGACAAUGUCCCAUUCUUGUGGUUCUAUAUGGCCUCAUACUCUCGAGAGAACUUGAUGAAGUUGAUGAGAGUUUUCUGGAGGGUAAUGACCACCCCAACUCAACGUCCCAACGAAUUCAAAAAGGCCCACAACGCGGCUGCCUUUUUGAGUGGGAUCUUGGCCAGAGCUAACUUUGUUAACUAUCAGUAAGUUUUUAAUUUGGAACUGUUUUUACUUUACAAUUACUUUGAUACAGUUGAUUUUAGUUUACAACCUGUGAAUAGAAAUUAUGUUUGAUUCUUUGGGUAACAAUUUGCUGAUUAUUUGCUUAUCAUUGUUUUUAAAAUAUCAUUUUCAGAGUAAUGUGUUUCUGGUUGAAGCAAAUGGCCAACUGGUGUCUUCGUUAUAUUGACAAAGCUGGACAAGUGAAACGACCAGGUGGUCAUCAACACGGAACGUUCUAUGCGAUUGUCCAAGCGUUUUUGUUCGUUAUUUGCUUCAGAUACAAAGAAUUUGUGGACAACAAGCGUAAGUCAAUAACAGUGAUUGUUUAAAAAUAUAUACUUUGUUGUAUUAAUCUGACUUUUUUUCAAAGAAAAAUAUUAUUUUUGUUAUCCAAACUAACUUUGCAUUAUUUAGAAAUCGACGAACUCCGCCUAUGGGGACUGGGAAGAAUCGUCCACUGCCAAUUGGAGCCCUUGAACUACAUUGCCACGCCUUUGGCCAAAUGCUUUGCCAGUGUAAGUCGCUACAUGCAGAUCGUCUACUGCAGUCACAUCAUAAACCUGAGUGAUAACGGCCCUCUGGAAUGUUAUUUCCCGUUCCUGAAAAGUGGACUGUUUCAAAUGGCGGACCUUAUCCAACCCCUCCUCCGCGACUUUAACCCAGCCGAAGACGACUUCGAUACCUCAGCAGCGAUCGCACCACAAACCCAAAUCGAAACCCAAGACGACGACGAGUUCGAUUUCAUGCCAAUGGAAAUCGGAGCCGACUCGGGAUUGUUGACCUGUUAA